AAAGACGGGACGCUGGGGCAGAAUAAUUAGUUGUCUGGAAAGGCCACUGUUGAAUGCUCACCCAACAAGAUGACGGUGGCCCUCGAGAAAGCUUCCAUGCCUGGCAUCGACGAGAACUAUCUCAGGCUGAGAGACCGGUCGUGCUCUCUCACUUUCAACAGCACUCACAUCUUGGGCAGCAUGUCAUUCAGCACGUGUGGUACAAAAAUUGAGGAUGCAGGCGACUUUAUCGUUUUCAAGAACGAGAUCGUCUCCUACGUGCUGCCCAACGAGCUAAUAAUCCGAAGGGAGACAGUUAAGAUCGGUUUCUCUUGCCAGUUUCCCAAAACCAUACACAUCUCGAGUUACUACAAUCUCCACAACUCUGACUACAUUUUCACUGAGUCCAGCUUCGGCAGCUUUGGCUAUACUUUUGAGAUCUUCCACGAUAGCAACUUUACAAGUACAGUGGAGGCUAACGCCUAUCCAGUGAAUGUCCAGCUGUUAGACAAAAUUUAUAUGGGCAUUCAAGCUCAAACGAAAAUACCAAAUGUGCAGUUGUUUGUCGAAUCUUGCAAAGCCACUCCUGAUGACAACCCUGAAAACCCCACCUACUAUGACCUCAUCAGUAACGGCUGUAUAAUGGAUGAGUCCUUUAAAGUCCACACAUCUGAUCAAAUUUCAUUCAACUUUGAGGUUCAAGUCUUCAAAUUUACUGGAAACUAUGACCAGGUGUAUUUUAACUGCUUCGUCAUCCUGUGCGAGCCUGGAAAUCCCUUUUCCAGAUGUUCCCAAGGUUGUCUGAGAAAUCCAUCCCGCAGACGCAGGCGAGGGCUGAGCAGGGAGACAGUUGGCCACUAUAUUACCCAGGGUCCUUUGCGGUUGGUCAGACAGGCUGUUCCCAUUUUGGAUGAUAAAAAUGUUGGGAUGAAUAAGACUGACACGCCCAUCUCAGUGAGUCCUUCACCGGUUUCUGCAGACAGACACCUGUUUCUCCAGACAGACACCAAAUCGAGCGAAGGAGGUUGGGUAAUCAAGGAGAUCCUCAAUGCCAACAUCAGCACCGUGGUCUUUGCCAGUGCCUUCUUAGUUACACUGGUGUUAUUGGCUGGGGUCGUUUUUUACUUCACCAGUAAGAGAAGAGCAGAAGAUCGCAGGCCUCUGAUAGUGUCAGGCUGGGAGAACUAGACCCAAUAAAUCUUAGAUUCACACA